AUGUCGGCGUUUUUGGAGCAGUAUGAGCCGCUGGAUGUGAUUGGGAACGGGAGCUUUGGGAUUAUUAGGAAGGUUAGGAGGAAGAGCGAUGGGUUGAUUUUUGCGAGGAAGGAACUCAACUUUGAACGGAUGAGCGAGCGCGACCGCAAGCAAAUCGUCGCUGAAGUGAAUAUCCUUAAAGACCUCCACCACGAACAUAUUGUACGAUAUCACGACCGACACGUCGACCGGGAUGCGGGUAUUUUGUAUAUUAUUAUGGAGUACUGCGGGGGUGGCGAUUUGUCGACGGUCAUCAAGCAGGCGGCGAAGCAUAAUAGGCCUAUUUCGGAGGACCUCAUUUGGAAUUAUUUCAUGCAGAUUUUGCUGGCGCUGCAUCAUUGCCACCACCCGAAUGGACACGGCAGGAGCGGAAGUGGGUCGGGGAGUGCUUUGACGGAGGGAGAGGGCGGUGGCAGCUCGAGGAGACCCCAGAUUUUGCAUCGAGAUUUGAAACCGGAUAAUGUUUUCCUGGACGAAAACAACAAUGUCAAGCUGGGCGAUUUCGGGCUGUCGAAAGCACUGAACCAAGCCUCGUUCGCGAAUACCUACGUCGGGACGCCGUACUACAUGUCCCCGGAAUUGAUGCAGGAGAAAGCCUACGACUCCAAAUCGGACAUUUGGUCGUUAGGCUGCCUCAUCUACGAACUCUGCGCUCUAAAACCACCAUUCCACGAAGCCAAAACACAUAACGAACUAUCCAUCCUUAUUAGGAAUGGACGCAUACCGCCGCUGCCUCGUGGGUACUCGCAGGCGUUGUUUGGGGUCAUCAAGGCCAUGUUGAAUCUCAAUCCGGCUAUGAGACCUUCCGCUGCGCAACUUCUUCAACAUGAGCGGUUAGAGUUGGUAUUCAAAGUGGCGGAGACCGAGAAAAUGCUAUCAACUGUCAAAGCACACAAGAACGCCAUGGUCGCUCGAGAGCGCGAAGUCCUCGCACGGGAACAGAUCAUCGCUGAGAAGGAGCAGCACCUCCAACACCUCUUCUCCCAAAAGGACUCGGAAAUCGCCCACCUCCAGCGCGUCGUCUCGCAGCUUCAAGCCCAGAUCCAUACCAUCCAGAGCGAGCCGCGUAUUACCCAGCACGACCUCGAGGUGGCGACGAAACACGCGGUGGCGCGGCGCGAACAGGAGUUGAGGAUAUUGGUGCAGAAGAGGGAAGAGGAGGUGGCGGCUGCGAUGGCGAAACGCGAGGAGGAGAUUAUGGAGGCUGUGAGGAGGAGGGAGGCGGAGGUGUGUGAGGCGUGGGCGAAGAGGGAGGCUGAGGUUAGGCAGGAGGUGGAGGUGUCGAUUAAGGCGGUGGAGGAGAGGAUACAGUGGAUAUCGGAGAAGGAGGCGGAGCUUAUAGAGGAGGAGGAGAGGCUUGAGGCGCUUAGAGAGGAGUUGGAGGUUAGGGAGAAGAGGGUUGAGGAGUUGGCUAAUAAGAAAGGACGGACGAAGUCGCCGUUAGAAGAGAUUAGGAAUACGAUGGAGCCAACGCCGCAACGACGGAAUUACGAUCCACCGCCAUCGACUAUUAAACGAAACCGAGUCGACUCGACGCCGAGAGCGACGACGAAACAGAUGUUUCCCGCUGCACUCGAAACACCCAUCACCCGGCCCUCGUACACCGACUACCUCCCUUCGGCGAUGAAGGGAGUCGUACUCACCUCGACUGGCGAAACGCUCGCCACGCCCUCGCCCAACGAACUCGCUACGUUAUUCAACGCUUCGCCCAAAGUUGGCCUUAACUUUGGCAAGAUCUUCGAUUUUGGCGAGGGCGACGACGAUGUGACGAGUCCUACCAACACGACCACGCGACUAUCUCUCGGCGGUGCUGGCUCGGGUUUGAACGGCGUGGGUGCGUCGGGGGUGAAUGGAGGAGUGCAGUUCCCGAAUGGAGCGGGCAGCGAGAGCGACGAGGACGAUGCCCCGCCGAGUCCGACGACGAGGAAGGAGAGGGAGUUGAGGGAGAGAGCGGAGAGUCGGAGUAGUUUGGGAGGAGGGGAGGAUGCGACUGUUACGAUUGCGAUGAACCUUGGGUCUGCCACCAAUGGCGCAUCGGUAUCGACACCGACACAGGCGUCAGAGGACGUCUACCUCGGGUGGGUUGCCCCUCCCUAUGCCUACGUCGGCUUCGAAUCGGAGGUCGUUGGUGAUUACGCCUUCGGCGUCGGGUGA